UUUUCCUCUUUUAAAUCCUACUUAACCUUGCUAUAUUAUCAUCAUUGUCGUUAUUAUCAUUUCAUCCCUGAAUUAUCAAGUUCCAAUUUCUCCUUUUACUUUCUCGUUUCUCGAUAAUUUCUGAUUGGUUGCUUAGAGAGCAAAGGAAACACAAAGAAAAGAAAAGGAAGAGCCUUUUUUUUAUUGUCUUUUUUAACUUCGUUCUUCGUUUUGUUUUGAUUCCUCUUUUUACCAUUUCGUUUUCUCGUGUUCAUCGAUUUUCAACACGAGAGCUAGGGUUUCUUUAAGAACUUAAGAGAUGGAGCCUUUAUAUGCAAAACUUUACGAUAAAUAUGACAAGCUCAAGAAGAGAAAACUAUCUGAAAUGGAUGAAAUAAAUAGAGAUCAAGAAGAGAAAUUCUUAAGUUAUGUGGCUGUGGCAGAGGAGUUGAUACAGCACUUGAAGAGUGAAAAUAACAAGUUGCAUGCAGAAGUUAAUGAGCUGAGAAGUGAAGUGGCCUCCGUAAUAUCCAGCAAGGACAAGCAAUGUGCAGACUAUCAAAAGCUUUUGAUUGAAGAGAAUCAGAAGAAUAAAGCACUUUCUGAAGAAGUUAACAGGCUGCAAAAUCUGCAUCAAGAAGGACAUGUGAAGGGUGGCAAAAGAGAUAAUAUACCAAUAAUCUCUCCUGGAAGUGCACAAGUUGCAUCAGAAAAGGUUUUUGGUAGCCCCACUCAAAUGAUGCCGAGAAAGCGUAGCAGGAAAUCUGCCACUGAGACAGAAGACAGUAUGAUCACUCCUGGUUCAGCUAACUGCAAUGUUACCACAUUGAGUGCAUUGGCAGAAGACUUAUCUGGGAAUGCUUCAUCUCGUGAGGUUCUUAUGCAUGUUCAGCUACCGGAAUGCUGUAAAGGCAGUCUAGGUGCCAAUGCCCCUGCUAGUGAUAACUGUCUGUUUCAAGCUCUUAUUGAGUGCUUAGUGGGCAUGAAAAUAUCCGCUGUUAAUAAAACCGAAGGACUGUGCAUUUCAGCUCUGCAUCAAUCAAGUGGUUACUCAUUCAGCCUAACAUGGAUAAACAGAGCAGCUGGGGAGGAAUCAGAGUUGCUGUACCGUGUAUCAUCAUUAGGGACAUUUGAGAGAGUGGCGCCGGAGUGGAUGAGGGAUGUCAUUAUGUUCAGCACGAACAUGUGCCCUGUUUUCUUUGAGAGGGUAGCUCGGGUAAUCAAAUUCCACUGCUAAGCAUUUCUCUUUCCCUAUUGGCUUUGUCAAUUGACAGUAGUGAUGUUAACUGUACUCCCUUCUCUCUUCGCCUCCCUCGACUUUUUUUUUUAAAUUUUUUUGUGAGCAUAUAUAUGUGAAAUAGAUCUGUAUAUCAUUGGUGAUAACAAGCAGUUAUUUCCUGCACAAUGGUAAGUGGUAACUAAAUUGAUUUUUCCU